CUCUACUUUCCUCAUUUUCUCACACCUUCUCCUCCCUGCUUUUCUUUCUACUCACACACCCUUCUCCUUCCUUUUUCUUUUCUUUCUGAAUUGAGUGACAUAGAAGAACAAUAGCACCAUCAUCAUCAUUUGCUUUUAACCUCAAACAUCUUGUAUUUUGCCCUUUUUCUUUCUAAUUAUAAACGACCGCAAUCCUGCUUUCCAGAGCUUUCUCUUUUUGUGAGUGUUUUGGGUGGGUGUUUAAGAUGGAAAAGGAGAGGUUGUUCAUGAAUGAAGGCAACUGCACCACUCCACCCAACUGGAAUAUAGGCAUGGAAAUUCAAUCCAAUGAGCUGAAUUGCUCCUCACAAGCGGUUCAAAAUUGUUUCCUGAAUCCCAAUUGGGACCACUCAAUGGAUCAGAGCGAUCCCUUUGAGUCGGCCUUGAGCUCCAUUGUGUCUUCUCCGGUUGGGUCCAGUGCGGGAGGCAUGCCAGGGGAUAGCAUUGCCAUCAGAGAAUUGAUUGGAAGACUGGGGAGCAUAUGCAAUUCCGGGGAGAUUUCGCCUCAGUCUUACAUUGGAGGAGGCGGCCACGGCAACACCAACAACAGUAACAACACUUCUUGCUAUAACACGCCAUUGAAUUCUCCUCCCAAGCUCAAUCUCUCCAUCAUGGAUCAUCAGCAACAUCAGAUCAGGACCAAUUUCCCCAAUAAUCAUUUACCAACACAUCCAAGUCUGGCACCCUUUCCAGCUGAUCCCGGAUUCGCCGAGAGGGCUGCGAGAUUUUCCUGCUUUGGCACUGGGAAUUUCUCAGGCCUAAGUGCCCAAUUCGGCCUCAAUGAUACUGAAUUGCCAUAUAGAUCAUCCACUGGUAAGCUCUCCAGAGUCUCCAGUAACCAGUCCUUCAAGGCUGCUGGAUCUCAAUUGGGUGCUCAAGAAUUCAAGGACAGGUCGCCGCCCCAGGAUGGAGUUUCAGCUUCUGAUAAGAAAUUGGGUAAAAUUUCAAGGUCUUCUACCCCAGAUAAUGCAGAAUUGGGAGAUUCCCGCGAGGAAUCUUCGGUUUCUGAGCAGAUCCCAGGUGGGGAAACCAGCCUAAAAGGCCAGAAUGAUGCCAAUGGAAGAAAAAGAAAAUCGAUUCCCAGAGGCAAAGCCAAGGAAGUCCCUUCCUCCCCCUCUGCCAAAGAUGCGAAGGUUGCCUCAGACAAGGAUGAAUCGAAUGCCAAGAGAAGCAAACCAGAUGAAGGUAGUGGGAGCGAAAAGGAUGCUGCCAAAGCGAAGGCAGAAGCAAAUGGGAGUACCAAAUCUGCAGGGGAUGGGAAUCAAAAACAGAGCAAGGAUAAUCCUAAGCCGCCGGAGGCUCCAAAGGACUACAUCCAUGUUAGAGCCAGAAGGGGUCAAGCUACUGAUAGCCAUAGUCUUGCUGAAAGAGUCCGAAGAGAGAAAAUCAGUGAGAGAAUGAAGUUCCUUCAAGAUCUUGUACCGGGCUGCAAUAAGGUGACUGGGAAAGCAGUUAUGCUGGACGAAAUUAUAAACUAUGUGCAAUCCUUGCAGCGUCAGGUUGAGUUUCUCUCUAUGAAGUUGGCAACUGUGAAUCCAAGGAUGGAUUUCAACAUGGAAGCUCUUCUCUCCAAGGAAAUCUUUCAAUCGCGGGGAUCAUUGCCACAAGCCAUGUACCCAUUGGAUUCCUCAGCUCUAGCAUUUCCCUAUGGAUACCAGCCCCAGCAAGGACCAUCUCUACAGAAUGGGAUUCCUAAUGGAACAGAGACCCCCUUCUCGGUGAACCCUUUAAAUUCUGCGAUACGACGCACCUCAAGCAUGCUGCCUUCCAUUGAUGGGUUUGGUGAAGCUGCCUCUCAGGUUUCUACGUUUUGGGAGGACGAACUCCAUAGCGUUGUUCAGAUGGGAAUAGGCCAGAAUCAGCCCCAGGGCUUUCCUGGGUCAAUGGGUGCAGCCCAGAUGAAAAUUGAGUUAUGAUCAGCAUUAGCCACAGUGUUGAGUUGGGUUGAGGCCUCAAGUUAGGGAGGCCUCUGUACAUACAAGGGAGGGGUGCUGCUGGUUCCAACAGAUGUCCAGUUCUGAGAAAGAGGACAUUUUUCUCUAAAAUUUGAUAUUUUUCUCUUUUUGCCCUAUCAUUUCUGCAACUGAUUCUUUUGGGACACGAUCCAUUGUGAAAUCAAUCCUAGAACUAAUUGCAACUGUGGUGCCAAGUUUCAAUAGAAGACCACAAUGUAAGAUGUAGCAUGGUAAGGGAGUAGUAUUAAUUGAAGGUUUGUUUCCAAACCUUGUUUGUUGUAAUAUUACCUUACCAUUGAAACAUUUUUAUCAUAUUAAUUCAUUGAAUAUGAUGAUUACAGCUGUUAAA